GAUGUUCACCGUGUUGGCCCAGGUGGUCUUGAACUCCCGACCUCAACUGAUCCACCGGCCCCAGCCUUCCAAAGUGUUUGGAUUACAGUUGUGAGCCACUGCACUUGGCUUUGGUUUUAUUUUAUUUAUUUAUUUAUUUUUUGGAGACGAGUCUCGCUCUAUCACCCAGGCUGGAGUGCAGUGGUGCGAUCUUGGCUCACUGCAGCUUCUGCCUCCCAGAUUCAAAUGAUUCUCCUGCCUCAGUUUUCCCAGUAGCUGGGAUUACAGGCAUGCAUCACCAUGCCGGUCUCAAACUCGUGACCUCAGUUGAUCCACUCCCUUCGGCCUCCCAAAGUGCUGGGAUUACAAGAGUGAGCCACCAUGCCUUGGCCAGGUUUUGUUUUGUUUUGUUUUUUUGAGAUGGAGUCUUGCUCUUGUCACCCAGGCUGGAGUGCAGUGGCACGAUCUCCGCUCACUGCAACCUCUGUCGCCUGGGUUCAAGCAGUUCUCCUACCUCAGCCUCCCGAGUAGCUGGGAUUACAGGUGCCCACCACCACACCCAGCUAAUUUUUGCAUUUUUAGUAGAGACGGGGUUUCACCACGUUUCCUAGGCUGGAGUGCAGUGGCACAAUCUCGGCUCACCGCAACCUCUGCCUUCUGGGUUCAAGCAGUUCUCCUGUCUGCCUCCUGAGUAGCUGGAAUUACAGGCACCCGCCACCACGCCCAGCUAAUUUGUUUGUAUUUUUGGUAGAGACGGGGUUUCACGAUGUUGGCCAGGCUGGUCUCGAACUCCUGCCCUCAGGAGAUCCACCCGCCUUGGCCUCCCAAAGUGCUGGGAUUACAGGUGUGAGUCAUCAUGCUCGGCUGAGACCCCAUUUCAAAAAAAAAAAAGUUCACUACUUCUCCCAGUCUUGCCUAGUGUAGUAGAAGGAUCUCACGAAUCUAUCUGGCCAAAGAUUUAAGGUGCUUCUCUAAUCUUUGUGUUUGUCCAGAAUGCCGUCUCUGUUUUUGGUAACUCUCUGGAACUUAGGAUGUACUACAUUCUGUCAUUAUCCUGAGGCCAGAAGGGCUGUGUGGUCUUUGAGGAUGUGUUUGUAUACUUCUCUCGGGAAGAAUGGGAGCUUCUUGAUGAUGCUCAGAGACUUUUGUACCAUGAUGUGAUGCUGGAGAACUUUGCACUUUUAGCCUCACUGGGAAUUGCAUUUUCCAGAUCACGUGCAGUCAUGAAACUAGAGCGAGGAGAAGAGCCCUGGGUGUAUGACCAGGUGGAUAUGACUUCAGCCACAGAAAGAGAGGCCCAGAGGGGACUUAGACCUGGUUGUUGGCAUGGAGUGGAGGAUGAAGAGGUAUCUUCUGAGCAGAGCAUUUUUGUAGCAGGAGUGUCAGAGGUCAGGACUCUCGUGGCAGAGCUGGAGUCUCACCCAUGUGACAUAUGUGGCCCAAUAUUGAAAGAUACCUUACACCUGGCUAAAUACCAUGGGGGAAAAGCCAGGCAGAAACCAUACUUGUGUGGGGCAUGUGGAAAGCAAUUCUGGUUCAGUACAGACUUUGACCAGCACCAGAACCAGCCCAAUGGAGGGAAACUUUUCCCAAGGAAGGAGGGCAGAGACUCUGUGAAAAGCUGCAGAGUCCAUGUGCCAGAGAAGACCCUCACAUGUGGGAAAGGUAGGAGAGACUUUUCAGCCACAUCUGGCCUUCUUCAGCAUCAGGCCUCUCACAGCAGCAUGAAGCCCCACAAGAACACUAAGCUUGUGAGUGGCUUUCUCAUGGGACAGAGGUAUCACAGGUGUGGUGAAUGUGGGAAAGCCUUCACCCGCAAAGACACACUUGCUCGGCAUCAGAGAAUCCACACUGGAGAAAGGCCUUAUGAGUGUAACGAAUGUGGGAAAUUCUUCAGCCAAAGCUAUGACCUCUUUAAACACCAGACAGUUCACACUGGAGAAAGGCCAUACGAGUGCAGCGAAUGUGGGAAAUUCUUUAGACAAAUCUCCGGCCUGAUUGAGCACAGGCGAGUUCACACGGGUGAAAGACUCUAUCAGUGUGGCAAAUGUGGGAAAUUUUUUAGCAGUAAGUCUAAUCUCAUUCGACACCAGGAAGUUCACACAGGAGCCAGGCCUUAUGUAUGCAGCGAAUGUGGGAAAGAGUUCAGUCGGAAACACACACUUGUUCUGCACCAACGAACUCACACUGGAGAAAGGCCUUAUGAGUGCAGUGAAUGUGGGAAGGCCUUUAGCCAAAGCUCCCACCUUAAUGUACACUGGAGAAUUCACAGCAGUGAUUAUGAGUGUAGCAGAUGUGGUAAAGCUUUCAGCUGCAUCUCCAAACUCAUUCAGCACCAGAAAGUUCACUCUGGAGAAAAGCCUUAUGAGUGCAGCAAGUGCGGGAAAGCCUUCACUCAAAGACCCAACCUCAUCAGGCACUGGAAAGUCCACACUGGGGAAAGGCCUUAUGUGUGUAGUGAGUGCGGGAGAGAAUUCAUCCGGAAACAGACACUUGUUCUGCACCAGAGGGUUCAUGCUGGAGAAAAGCUUUAAGAGUGUAGCAAAUGUUGGGGAAAGUCUUAGGCCAAUGCCCCCGACUUACUGUAUGGUGGGGAACUAGCAGUAGUUAAUGAGUGCAGCAGAUGCAGGAAAGCCUUCCCCUGGAGGCUGAACCUUACCCGCCAUUGGGAAUUUCACACCGGACACAGGCCUUAGCAGUCCAAGCAAUGUGCUGUCUCUGUUCAGCCCAACAGCUCACCCUAGAGUGGAACUCUGGGAGCAGCCAUUGGGAGGGAACCAUCAGUAAGAAGUGAAACUUCAUAGAUAUGGACAUUCCCACUGGGGAGAUUCCCUGUGAGUGCCAAGUAUGUGAGAUGCUUUCAGCAGCUGUGUUGCACUUUUUAAAUGGCUACUGGCCUUUGCUGGGGCAGGAGCCAUCUCCUCCUACCAUCUGGCAGAAUCAUACUGCGUUUACCAUUUACCCCAGCAUGCUCUUCUCUCCCCAGUCCCUAAAAGGUGUUGUGAGUGGUCUCACAGCCCACUAGGGGUCUUAAUUUCCUCUCUUUUGAUGUAAAUGGCAUGGAAAUAAUCAGCUUUGUUCAAGAGGACACAGAAGGAUUCUGCAAAUAGCCUGCAGAGACUUACCUGUGUUGAUUGGUUUCAUAUGAUGCUCGUUAUGGAUAUAUCCAAUAUCCAAGUCACCCAGCUCUGGAACUGCCUGCUUCACAUUGCUCAUGAUAAUAAAGGCCUGUUCUUUAAGCCACCA